AUGUUUCAUAGCCCGUCAUUUUACACCGCUAACCCCGGCUACAGGGUCAGUGCAAGCCUCGACUUCACCAGCUUCCAGGACGAUUUUGAUGCUUUCGUCUCUUUUUCUCUGACCAUCGAGGAUGGCAAAUAUGACGAGUUACUGUCUUUUCCUUUUUCCGGCCUCUGUCAAGUGACCGUCUUCGAUCAAAGCGAGAACUACGCAAAGAACAACCACUCCGUUUAUAUCCUCUGCCACGCAAUUCCUCGCUUUUCUAGACACGCAGAAAAGGCCUCGUCCCGAGAUUAUAAAACUUUCAUGAAAGCCACUGACUUUCUCAGUGAUCGAUACGCCAGAAACGGAACUGUGUUUAUAGAAAGCACAAAUUUCAUAAUCUCUCUCUCUUUCUCUUUCUUUUUUUUCUUUUUUCUCUUUCUUUUUUUUCUUUCUCUCUUUCUUUUUUUUCUUUCUCUCUUUCUUUUUUUUUUCUUUCUCUCUUUCUUUUUUUUUUCUUUCUCUCUUUCUUUUUUUUUCUCUCUUUCUCUUUCUUUUUUUUUCUCUUUCUCUUUCUUUUUUUUUCUCUUUCUUUCUUUUUUUUCUCUCUUUCUCUUUCUUUUUUUUCUCUCUUUCUCUUUCUUUUUUUUUCUCUCUUUCUCUUUCUUUUUUUUUCUCUCUUUCUCUUUCUUUUUUUUCUCUUUCUUUUUUUUCUCUUUCUUUUUUUUCUCUUUCUUUUUUUUCUCUUUCUUUUCUCUUUUCUUUUUUUCUUUCUUUUUUUCUCUUUCUUUUUUUUCUCUUUCUUUUUUCUCUCUUUCUUUUUUUCUCUCUUUCUUUUUUCUCUCUUUUUUUUCUCUCUUUCUUUUUUUUCUCUCUUUCUUUUUUUUCUUUUUUUUUUUUUUUCUUUUUUUUUUUUCUUUUUUUCUUUUUUCUCUUUUCUCUCUUUUCUCUCUUUUUUUCUCUUUUUUUCUUUUUCUUUUCUUUCUUUUUCUUUUUCUUUUCUUUUCUUUUUUUUCUCUUUUCUUUCUUUUUCUUUCUUUUUUCUUUUCUCUUUUUCUCUUUUUUCUUUUUUUCUUUUCUCUUUUUUUCUUUUUUCUUUUCUUUCUCUUUUUCUUUCUUUUUUCUUUUUUUUUUUUUUCUUUUUUUUCUUUUCUUUUUUCUCUUUCUUUUUCUCUCUUUUUCUCUCUUUUUCUCUUUCUUUUUCUCUUUCUUUUUCUCUUAGCCACCGGUCCAGACAAAAUCCCAGUGGGUGUUCAUAACAUCAUCCCUGAGUGA